AUGAAGAUAGAACUCUUGAUUUGCAUUAUCAGCUUAUCAGCUGCAUGGUGAUGCAAUGGUCAUAUGGUUACUGCCAUGAUCGCACAACUUGACCUCCAAGCUAACAAUCCUGAUGUCUACGCUAUCGCAGAACAAAUUCUUGCACCUUUAAAUGGACUUUUAACUCAUGGUUUGAGCAAUUCGUUUGUCGAAACUGCCUGCUGGGCCGAUGACUUGAAAACAUAUAGUUUCGAAAUAAGUAAUGACUGGCACUAUACAAAUAAGCCAUAUGAUCUGGAUGGACUUCUUAAUGCAACAGCAGGCUCUACUAACAAUAUUAUUUGGGCUAUAAGCCAAGCUAUGAGUACUCUUAGAAACGUAAAUCCAAAUAAUGCUCCACUAGAAGCCUCAUUGCAGCUUAGAUAUUUAAUACAUUGGCUAGGAGACCUCCAUGAGCCAUUACACGCUAUUUCAAGAUUCACAGUAGCUCAGCCAAAUGGUGAUGCUGGAGGAAACCUUUUCAAGAUUUAUUAUGAUGGGAAUAGCCAAGUUAAUAAUUUGCAUAAGCUUUGGGAUUGGGCUUUAGGAACUAUUGGAGAUGAUUGUCCAAGACCUCUAAGCAAUGAAUGCUGGAACAAUAUUACAAGCUAUGCAAGCGGCAUUAUGAAAGAAAAUUCAAGAGGGAAGCUGGCGAGCUAUUUGAUGUCUACAAGUUAUGAUGAUUGGGCUUUACUAACUCCUUCGAUGGGCAUGAAAAAGCAAGGGAUGCAAUUUUUUUUUAAAAAUAUAUUUAUAUUUAUUUAGAAAAUUGUGUUUUAGUAUGCAAUUUGUGUAAAAUUUAAUAGAAUUUUUGUUAAAAAAUAAUUAUUAUUUAAAUUUUAUAUCCUUUAGCUCACAAAAAUGGGUUCUCUCUAACGGAGAGGGAGUAAGCUAUCACUCAGCUGUGGAUUAUGCAUACAAUGAUAUGGUAGAAGGUAAGUCUCCAACUGUUUCUUACAUGUUGAGAGGAAAGCCUAUUGCUCAAAGGCAGCUCGCACUUGGCGGGUAUCGAUUAGCAGAUCUUCUGAAAAGUCUUUAUGCUAAUCCUAAUAAUUCUUAA